AUGAGCUCCAGUAUGCCUUACGAGGCCUCUCUAGACGAGGAGAAGAAACGGCAAUUCACAAAGAAAUUCAAGCUGGUAGACCGAAUUGCUGCUUCUAUUAUUCGUCAUAAAAAGCUAUUUCUUGUGUUGUUUUCGUUGUUGUUCGUCGCGUUUUGGUUUGGAUUUCCUCAAUUUGGAUUAUGGUCCAAGGAUCCUAAAAUAGUGAUCAUUCUCGCAGUGAAUGAAGGUGGAGGAGUUUUGAAAUGGAAGGGAGAGCAAGAAUGGGAGAUUGAGAGAAUCUCGAUUCAAAACAAACGUGCAUAUGCAAAAAAACAUGGGUAUGGCCUCACACUCAAGGAUAUGCAUACUGCCAAGCGGUACUCUCAUGAAUAUAGAGAGGGAUGGCAGAAAGUUGAAGUUUUGCGACAGACAAUGAGGGAGUUUCCAAAUGCCGAAUGGUUUUGGUGGCUAGAUCAAGAGACGUUAAUAAUGGAGCCGGAAAAAUCCCUAGAGUCUCAUAUAUUCAAAAGACUUGACAGUCUUUCUUAUCGGGUACUGGACGAGUUCAACCCACUGAACCUACAAUUGGAUCUACCAUACGUUGAUUAUACGGGCGACGUGGAUCUGCUAAUUACUCAAGACUGCGGUGGUUUUAACCUGGGAUCUUUCCUGGUUAAAAAUUCGGAGUGGUCAAAACUUUUGCUGGACAUUUGGUGGGAUCCUGUGUGCUACGAGCAGAAACACAUGAUUUGGGAACAUCGCGAACAAGAUGCAUUAGAAGCUCUGUAUGCUAAUGAAGCAUGGAUUAGAGAAAAAACAGCUUUUCUGCCGUUAAGAUCGAUUAACUCCUUCCCACCCGGUGCUUGUUCCGAAUUUCAAGGUGACUCCCGUUUCUUUUAUAAUGAAAAGGAGCAUGACUUUGUGGUAAACAUGGCGGGUUGUAGCUUCGGCAGGGAUUGCUGGGGUGAAAUGCAAAAUUACGGCUCUCUAUUAGAAAGACGUACGACCAGAUGGUACCGGAGCUUCUUUUAG